GGCGCGAGAAUUGCCUAGACCCGAGAGGUGCCCGGCCCGGGAGCAGUUCGCUCUCCAGUCGGGUCGUGCCCGCCCGUUCCCGCGCGUUCCCUCCCGUCUUCGCCCCCCGAGCAGCUCGCCUUCUCCUGCCCCAAGGGGCUCGGGUUGGGGGCCUAAGGUCCCCGGGGUUCUGCAGCACAGCUCCCGGUGGCUGCUUGGGAAGAUGCCUGGGAAGAAAGCGCGUAAGAGCGCGCAGGCGAGUCCUGCGCGGACCCCGGCAGAGCCCGAAGUGGAGUGCGCCAUUCAACUCAGGAGAUUUGGAGACAAACUGAAUUUCCGGCAGAAACUUCUGAAUCUGAUAUCCAAACUCUUCCGCUCAGGAACCUGACUGCUUUGGAAGCUUUCGAAUGAGGAGAUUCCUUUAAAAUGGAAGAUUCCCCAGUAGCUGCAAAUUUCAUCAAUUAGAGGAAAUGCCUUGUAAUGGAGAAGAUUGGGAGGGAGAACUCCUUGCUUUUUGGAUGCCCUUGGAAGCUGAGACGGAAUACAUCAAAGACGGAUUUCUUUUGGAGAUGCUCCAGAAGUCAUUUUUUUUUUGGAUUGUGAGGGCGUUAUAAAACCAUUUUGUUUAUUUUAAAGCAAGAAUGGAAGAGCUUUGAAAAAUAAGGAAUUAAUUACUUAUACAUUUUGUUUUUACUUUGAAAAUUAUUCUGGUCAUUUUGCAGAAGGUUGCUGUCCAGCCUACUGUAACCAGAGUUGGCAAAUGAAAAGACUGUGGUCAGGGGCAAAGAAAGAAUGUGUUCAGUGUUGGGUUUUAUUUUUGGAUGACAACUCCAAAGUGAUGUAUAAUACUUGCUUUAUAUAUUAUCUUAUUCAAAGUAAAGAUUUCAUUCUGAGAACACUGAAUGUCAUAGAAGGUGUGGAUUCCAUAGGUCACUACAAAAGAUAAAAUGAUUUGAAAGCUUGUUUCUUUUGACUUAAAAAUGUAUUGCUUCUGUUCAGAUGACCCUUCCUUGAAUUAUGUUUCUGUGAGUCUUAAAUGGAAAGUCUAUAUUUCGAACAAUGUGAUAGAAGUGUUACUUGGUGCCAGUAAGAUUCUUGAAGGUAAAAUGUUAUACAAAGAGCAUGGGGAUUUUGUAGAAUGAGAAAUAAUGGGGAAAAUUUUGUUUUAGACAUUUUUACUGCUGUAAUUAACACUUAGUAAAACAAAUAUUCUGAAGUAACUUGAUAAGAAGAUGAAUUUGUUUCUAAAGAAGUUUCUGAAAUCUGUAAAAUGCCCUUUCUCAUACUAGUCAGUGUAUGUCUUACAAGACGUGAUCUUUUAAGAGAAAUUAAGCAUGUUUUACAUAGUUGGGAUAUACUUAAAAAAAAAAAAAAGGAAUGGAUUGCUCAUCCAGAAUAAAAAUGCCACAUAUGUGUAAUUCGCAUUAGAAUUAUAUGUAGAUUCUAAGAAAGGUUUCAUGAAUUUCACUUUUUUAUUGUCGAAAGCCCAGGCUACCAAUAAAGUCCCCAGAUAUAUAUAAAAAAGAAAUCACGUCAUGAUUUAAUUUCAGCAAGAAGAAUCUUAUUUAUUUUACCUAUUUAUGAUUAAAAUAUUUUUUGUUUAGUUUGAAAAUGUCUAUUAGUUAAAGUUACAUUUUUAGGUUAUGAGACAAGGCUUUCAUAACCACUUGGACUUUAUAGUAAGAAUGUUUUUGCUGUGGUCACUUUAGAUGAAACAUUACCUCAGCAUCUGUUUUUUUCUUAAGUAUUAUUUAGUGUUUUUUGUCUGUCCAGAGGCCGAUAUUUUGCCAUUUGGAUAUUUAUGUUCUGUAACUGUAUUUAUACAUACAAAACUUGAAUACUGUAGCUGUAAACUAUUAAAAAUUAUUACCAUUCUUU